AGAAGCUUAGAAAUUUAUCAUAUGGUAAUUCUGGAAAUAAAAUUCAAUAAGGCUAAUGUACAGUGCACAUGGAAACAUGUUAUGUAAAAAAUUGACGAAGCCUUGAUGUCGGCGCGUGAGCCACGCGCUGAAGUCGGAGAAGAAAGCAAGCGUCCUUCGUCUUAAAACCCCGUCGCUUCCCGUGUUCUACUUCGCACCUUUCCUCUGCGUUUUCCUGGGAAAUUGUCGUCUCCUUCACGAUUGGGAACCCUAACCCUAGCUCCUCACGAUGGCCAAACCCGUUAUGGAGGAACCUCCUCCGGCGACUGCCUCCAACCCUAACUUCUCUUCCGAGUUCGACUCCGUCUCGAUCCCUCCCUUCGACCAUAUGUUCCUCUCUGGCUCCGAUCAGGACCCAGUUGGGAAUCUGACCUCCGAUCUAGGGUUUUCGUUUGACGGCGACGACGAAUUCGAGCUCACCUUUGAUGGUAUUGACGAUCUCUACUUCCCGGCCGAGAACGAGACGUUUCUCAUCCCUGCUGCUGCCGGAGACCAAGAGCAGUUUGGAGAUUUUACGCCGGAGUCCGAGGGCUCUGGAAUUUCCGGCGAUCGUGUUCCGGGACAUGAGGAUAACAACAUGCAUUGCUUGUCAUCUUCGUCAGGCUCCUCCGAGCGGGAAAUCCCCAGGGAUUCCGGCGAUCGGUGCUCUGGUGCAGAAAGGAGCCUGAAUUCACCGUCGCCGGUGUCAUCUCAGGGGUCGGGGUCGGGUAAUUGUGCUUCCGGUGUUUCGCUGACCAUGAACGCGCCCUCCCCUGAAUCAGGAACAAUGGUGGUGGAGCAGAAGGUUAAGGUGGAAGGAGGUGCCACGCCCACGACCAAGAGGAAGAAAGAGAACGAAGAGGAUGCGAGUGGAGACUCCAGGACCAGCAAGUACAGAAGAUCCACAGAUAAUGCCUCCGCCGCCAGCGCUGUGACCACUGAAGAAGACGAGAAGAGGAAGGCGAGAUUGAUGAGAAACCGAGAAAGCGCGCAGCUUUCGAGGCAGAGGAAGAAACAUUACGUUGAUGAGCUGGAAGAAAAGGUUAGAGCAAUGCAUUCUACUAUAGCGGAUUUGAACAGUAAGAUAUCUUACUUCAUGGCUGAGAACGUUACAUUGAGGCAACAGUUGGGCCCCGGUGCCGGAAUCUGCCCCCCGCCGCCUCCACCUCUACCUCCGCCGGGAAUGUAUCCUCCGAUGGCUCCGAUGCAUCAUUACCCAUGGAUGCCAUGCCCGCCGUACAUGGUAAAGGCGCAAGGGUCGCAAGUGCCUUUGAUUCCCAUCCCCAGGUUGAAACCACAGCAACCUGUCUCCAUGUCUAAGGCAAAAAAUAAGAAAAGUGAAACCAAAACCAAGAAGGUUGCUAGUAUUAGUUUUCUGGGUCUUUUGUUUUGUCUCUUUUUGUUUGGGGCAUUAGCUCCCAUCGUGAACAUUAACUACGGGGAAUACAGGUCUAACUACAUCAGUGAUAGGUUUAUCGUUCAGCCUAGGGGAAGAGUUGUAGAUGUCAAUGGCAAUCUGAAUGGAUCUGACAAUGGUAGUGGUACGAGGUUCUCUGGUAGUAAUAGGGCACAAUGCGGGAGAGACACAGAUGGCGUCGUGCCUGCAAGAAAUGGAAGUGAACCUUUAGUUGCAUCAUUAUUUGUUCCGAGGAAUGACAAGCUUAUGAAGAUAGACGGGAACUUGAUCAUCCAUUCUAUUUUGGCGAGCGAGAAAGCCAUGGCUACACGACAAAAGGAUUCUGAAACUAACAAUGACAGGAAAACUGAUUUGGCAAUUCCAAAGAAUUUCUCUCCUGCACUGCCUAUACCUGAUGCCGGGAGGAACGGUGAAAAGCAGAAAGCUCUUUCUUCGGGCUCUGCUGAUGAUCUGAAAGAUCAUUUCAAGUCAACAGCAGCCAAUGGUAAAAUGCAGCAAUGGUUCCGUGAAGGUCUUGCAGGGCCAAUGUUAAGUUCAGGGAUGUGCACUGAAGUGUUUCAGUUCGAUGUCUCAACUUCUGGAGCCAUCGUUCCUGCAUCCUCAGCUUCCAGUGUCAUGACUGCACACCAUAAGAACACCACCAAUAACACAAACAGUGGAAAGAACAGAAGAAUCCUCCGUGGACUUCCGGUUCCACUUCCAGUAUCUGACUUCAACCUAACCAAAAACAACUCCUCACGAAACAGCUCGAGCGAAGAUAAACUUGGAGAAACCAAACCUGCUUCAUCAUCAUCAUCAUCAUCCUCCUCGUCCAUGGUUGUGUCUGUGCUUGUCGAUCCCAGAGAGGGCAGUGACGGCGACAUUGAUGGGAAUGGGAUGAUGGGGCCAAAAUCGCUGUCCCGAGUUUUUGUUGUUGUGCUCAUGGACAGUGUUAAGUAUGUAACAUACUCCUGUGUCCUCCCCCGACCAGGAGGCGGCCCUCAUCUUGUCGCCAGUUGAGUUAGAGAUUUCACAUCUACCUGUAUUUAACAGAAUAAGAAGCUACUGGAGCAACCUGUAUUCUUGUCGGCCGUUUUUUGGUUAAAAGAUGCAGAACCCAGACUCUGUAAAACUUUCAUCUUUUGAUAUAUUACUAAUCCUUAAGA